GGACCGGCACCGGGCUGAGAUCGACACCGGGCUGAGAUCGACACCGGGCUGAGAUCGACACCGGGCUGGGAUCGACACCGGGGUGAGAUCGGGACCAGGACUGGGAUCGGGACCAGGACUCCAGCUGGGACCGGCACCGGGAGCGGAACUGGGACCGGGAGUGGAGCUGGGAUUGGGAUUGGGAUUGGAGCUGGAAUCAGGACCGGGACACAGCUGGAAUCGGAACCAGAGCUGGGAUUGGGACCGAGUUUGGAGCUGGUAUCGGGACCGGAGCUGGGAUCGUGACUGUGACCAGGAUCGGGCCCGGGCCCGGGAUUGGAGCUGGGAUCGGAGCCGGGAGUGGAUCGGGACCGGGAUCGGGACCGGGUCUGUGCCCGCCGGGGAGCGAUGGCAGCAGCCGAGGGGAAUAAACUUUGGGGUGGAAGAUUCAGUGGAAGCACAGAUCCAAUCAUGGAGAUGCUCAAUGCUUCCAUUAGCUACGACCAGAGGCUGGCUGAGGUGGAUAUCCAGGGGAGCAGGGCUUAUGCCAAAGCCUUGGAAAAGUCUGGAAUCCUAUCUAAAACUGAGCUGGAGAAGAUCCUGGGUGGCCUGGAAAAGAUCUCUGAGGAAUGGUCCAAAGGAGUCUUUGGUGUGAUCCAGACUGAUGAGGAUAUCCACACUGCCAACGAGCGCAGGCUGAAGGAGCUGAUUGGAGACGUAGCUGGGAAGCUGCACACUGGCAGAAGCAGGAAUGAUCAGGUAUGGACAGAAGCUUUUUUUUCUCCUCUAUUCCUCCACCUCAGUUCUUUAAUUGAAUAUUUUUAUGCCUUCUCUCUCAUAGAAAUCGAUGUGAUCCUGCCUGGCUACACCCACCUGCAGAAAGCUCAGCCCAUCCGAUGGAGCCAGUUCUUGCUCAGCCAUGCUGUUGCUCUGACCCGCGAUUCUGAGCGCCUGGGAGAGGUGAAGAGGAGGAUCAAUGUCUUGCCUUUGGGAAGUGGAGCUCUGGCUGGAAACCCCCUGGGAAUUGACAGAGAGCUGCUGUGCAGUGAGCUGGACUUUGCUUCCAUCAGCCUGAACAGCAUGGAUGCUGUCAGCGAGAGGGACUUUGUGGUGGAAUUCCUGUCCGUUGCCACCCUGCUGAUGAUCCACCUCAGCAAGAUGGCUGAGGAUCUCAUCAUCUACAGCACCAGCGAGUUCGGCUUCCUCACCCUCUCUGAUGCCUACAGCACUGGCAGCAGCCUGAUGCCUCAGAAGAAGAACCCCGACAGUCUGGAGCUGAUCCGCAGCAAAGCCGGGCGAGUGUUCGGCCGGCUGGCUGCAGUUCUCAUGGUCCUCAAAGGACUCCCCAGCACCUACAACAAGGACCUGCAGGAGGACAAGGAGGCCGUCUUUGAUGUCGUAGACACCCUGAAUGCUGUGCUCCAGGUUGCCACUGGAGUGAUUUCCACCCUCCAGAUCAGCAAGGAGAACAUGGAGAGGGCGCUGAGUCCGGAGAUGUUGGCCACUGACCUGGCUCUCUACCUGGUUCGGAAGGGAAUGCCCUUCAGACAAGCCCACGUGGCCUCAGGCAAAGCCGUCCAGCUGGCCGAGACCAAAGGCAUCACCAUCAACAACCUCAGCCUGGAGGAGCUGCAGAACAUCAGCCCCCUGUUUGGCAGUGAUGUGGCGCAGGUGUUCAGCGUGGUGAGCAGCGUGGAGCAGUACACGGCCGCGGGUGGCACCGCCAAGAGCAGCGUGUCCGCCCAGAUCGAGCAGCUGAGGGAGCUGCUCAAGAGGCUCAAGGAACAGGCUUAGAGUGUGGGGAGAGAUCCCCACCCCUCGGUCUGUGUUGGAGUCUGGAACACAAUGUGUGUGCCCUUGUCUCCUCUGAGAUCCAGGAGAACACUGAAUUUCAUAGAAGGUGAAAUUUAUAGGUAUGUUUUCAUGGUGUUACAUGAAAACAAUUGUUAAGUUUAAAUAAAAAAGCUUAAAGUGUGAGUGUGUAAAUUAGAAAGUUUUCUUAGGUCACUAGGUGAAAGAGUUAAACUAGUUUAAAAAAUAGAAGACAAGAUAGAGAAUUUAAGGUGUUGUCUCUUUUCCUUCUUUCUUCUUCAUUUUCUUCUUCUAGAAGUUUUUGAGUAAUCAUGAGUGAUUAGAUAGAAAAUGCCGCAGUGCAGCACACAAGUGAUGGGUCAUUGAGUCAUUAAGAAAAAUAAUAUACGUGUCUGUUGUUAAUUAGAUACAAAUAAAUAUAAAAAUAAAUGAACUGCAUCAUUUGGGCCAUUUUGUCCCUUCAGAGCCAAAGUAAGCCAAAAGGCAAAAUGAAUUAAACUUGUGCAAAAAGUCUAGAAAAGCCUGCCAAGUUUUGUAAUAACAUUCAGAUAAACAUGAGAAACAAGAUCCUAAGGAGCUUUAGAGUUUUCUUCCUGACCUGCAGAACUGAGAUAAACAGAAUUCCUCUCACAUUCCCCUGUGAGAGAGUAUUCUAAAAGAGCUUGGCUCAGAAAAAAACGAGAAAUCCAGGUGCAAGAAGUGCAGCAGAAAAGAGAAAAUGUUUCAGUCUGGAGUUAAUAAACACUGGGGUGUCUGUAGUUGACUGAAA